CAAAAACAAACGUUCUACACUCAGAGAAAAAGAACAGUAAAUGACUAUCAUGUGUUUUUAUAAUCUCUCUUUAGGUAACUAUGUGUGACACGAACACCAUCCAUAUACACAUCCUCCAAGGUGUGAGCUACCUUUCUGUGUUUCUGGUGGGCCUGCUACUCAACAUGGCGUCUCUACGUGUCUUCUUCGUCAAACGGGCCACGUGGACGGACACACACAUCUACAUGCUGAACCUCGCCGCCGCCGACUGUGCCCUAAUCCUCUUCCUCCCUUUCCGCAUCUAUGAUGCCUUCCAGAGUCUGCCCAUAACGCCCUUCUGCACGAUUCUCGUCUCGACGCAUUACAUCAACAUGUACGCCAGUAUCUUCACUGUCACCGCCAUCAGCGUCCACCGCUACCUGGUGGUCAAGUUCCCACUCCAGACCAGAGCGUGGCGAUCAAAGAAGGUGGCUGUGGCGGUGUGUGGGGCCAUAUGGGUCACGGUAGUAACGAUAUGUGGUGUGUUCAGUGAUGCCAACCAUCCCCAAAAACUAUUUACUUGCUAUCAGAGAUGUAAAGAAAUCCCAUUGCCUGUUGGGUUCCUUGCGGUUCUAGAAGUGCUGGGGUACCUUCUCCCGCUCUUGAUUAUAGUGUUCUGUUCCACACAGACCAUAAUGGUUCUGCUGAAGGAGACGGAUCAGGAAGAAACCACUGUGGAGAAGAGGAACAUCAUUGGCAUUAUAACAGCCAACCUGAUCGUCUUUGUGGUUUGCUACACCCCCAUCCAUAUUGGGUUUCUGCUGAAGUACCUGGCCAAAACAAACCACUGGGAAACGUUAGACUGGGAUGGUUGUUGGCAGGUUUGUGAAUGGAUCGCUACCACAAACUGCUUCUUGGAUUCCAUUAGUUAUUACUUUCUGUUGAAGAAGUUUUAUUCUAAAGCCAGUAGAUCAGCAGAAGUUGACAGAGGCUCAGAGAUUGCAUUAACCAACAAUUAAACUAUAAACACACACACCUACCCCGAUAAUGAGUCAUACCCCUCCCUCCCUCCAUGUAUUACACUGCCAGAAUAACGUCAUCAUGUUUUUUGACAACAUCUCUUUUAUUAAAAUCAU